GGGUGGAUGAAGGGUUUACGACACACGUUUUUUACGCACGCGAUCUGACCCCCCACCCAACAAAAUCAGCCAUGGAUCGUGCUCAUCUUCUGUUUCGAGCCCGAAAUGUAGACCUGGGUGGAUUUUUGGAUCACGUUUUUUUUUCUUCUCAAACCAAAAUGAGUCACCAUAUUUUCCGGAUUGUAAGACGCGCUUUGCCGCUCUGCCUCCCCCAUAUUUCGAAGCAACAGUCGAAGGUGCGCCUUAUAAUCCGGUCGGUAUGUGUGAUCAGGCUUGUACAGACAUUGAGGCAAGUUUGGGGCGUGUUUCACUUUCUGGUGCGUCUUAUAAUCCAGAGAAUACCAUAAAUACAGGACACUUGCAGUAAACCAAUCACAACGGUGGUAAACACGGGAAAUGAUAUCCCAAAACCUGAGAACCUCAAAUUAACCGUUAUAUUAAGCAGCAAAGGCAAUCUACCAGUGGAGCAUACCUUUUAGGAGUAGAGUGAUGAAAACUCCACAUUCAUAUGACCGGAGCGAAUUCUUAGCCUCACGAUGAUUUAGGCGCAGUAAGAGGUCAGUUGAAAAGCGCCAUUGCCAGAAUCACUGGGAAUGCACCCAUAUUUGUUCUUACAGUAUUUCCGAAGCUCUGCAGGUUUCGGCCUGGACAGUGCUUGGUGAGGUGUAUGCAGAACAGCUGUUGCAGGCUAAUUCGGGGCCACGUUGUAAGCAGAGGGCAUUGCAGCAAGAUCCAUUGUCGUGCUCAAAUAUGUUCCAACCUUUGUACUCCCCACUUUCACCAACCAGCACUGAGUGACCAGCGUGGUGAAGUAUAGUCAAACAACCACCACGGGCAAGGGCAGCGUGGGGAGAUAAUCGCCCAGCAGUGGAUUUAAACACGUCUAGAACGGUGCGUGGCCAGAGGUGAUUUUGUCGUUGUUAAAUUUCGAGACACACAAACCAACAAAUCAGUUGGGUGCAGCGGAAGGGGCUGGAACAACGCAGGUCGGCAACGUUAGCGCGGACUCUGCUGUCCUCUUGCGGCGGCGGCGCGUGGGGUUUUGACGUCUCCGAAACGGAAGGUGAAAUUGCGGAAAUGGUUCUGACGACAGCCAAGUGGUUAACAGGAAGAAACGCGUGGGCCCCCCGCGACUCGCGAGCGAGCACGGCCGCGGUUAAAGUUGUACUCGUUGUGUUGCUACGGCACAGCGAUCAUACUCGCUCGUGUUCAGUGAGCAGAAGUGUGUGGCCCGAACCUGGAGGCACUGUCCACAGCCGCCGUGGUGCUGAAGCGUUGUUCCCUGGAAGCCUCUCGUCUUAAAUCCCAGUUGCCACAUGGAAGGCGGAGAGGCAACCGUGGAGGAAGAGGCUUCGCAAUCCAAAACGUUUAAGACUUGGCAGGACAGUGCUUUUUGCAGACGGCAGAGGGCACUUGAGCAAGGAGUCUCCCCAUACAGAGUGGACAUUGGCCGACGAAUUCUCACGGACAAAAAUGCCCUCUUCCCACUUCUGCAUCAAGGAAACGAGAGCGAGCUGGGCCUCGAGGUGUCCUCUCUGCGGGACGACGUCGUGCGUGUGCGGAUCAACGAGAUGCGCCCCCUACGGCCACGGUACCAGGUCCCAGAUGUCCUGGUGGGAGAGCCGGACACCCAGAGAUGGACUGAGGAAUCCGUUGACGACAAGAGAGUGACACUGGGCGCCGGGGAAGUGAGCGUAGUCAUCACGGCCGCCCCCUUCCAGGCAGAAGUUCGUCUCGCUGGGCAUCCGUUUGUGAGACUCAACCCGCAGGGUCUGCUGCAUUUUGAGGUUCUUCAAGAGAGACCGGAACGUGCCGUUGGGGUAAGCGGUGUGCAGACACCAGCAAAUGCAAAUGAUGACCCAAAAGCAACGGAGGCCUCGUCAGGAGCAGACGUUGACAGUGAUGGAUUGUGGGAAGAAACUUUCAAUGAGGUCGUGGACAAAAAACUGAACGGGCCGUCCUCUGUGGGGCUGGAUUUUGCGCUGCCAGACUGCGGCCACGUCUACGGAAUUCCCGAGCGAGCCACCAGCUUCCGACUCAAGCCAACCACGGAGGGCAGCCCUUACCGCAUGUUCAACCUGGACACGUUUGGUUACGAGCUGCACAAUCCACAGGGCCUGUACGGGGCGGUGCCUCUGCUGCUCGCUCACUCAGCGCAGCGCACCUCCGCCAUAUUCUGGCUCAACUCCUCCGAAACCUGGGUGGAUGUGUCUACAACACAGCAGCAGCAGCCUCCGGUGCCCUCCGAGCCGUCGGCGAGUCAGAGUUCGUCGGUCCGCGAUCGAGUGGACACGGGGGUCCGCUGGAUGUCGGAGAGCGGCACCAUUGAUGUGUUCGUCCUGCCGGGCCCGACGCCGUGCGACGUGUUCCGGCAGUACGCCGGCCUCACGGGGACACAGGCCCUGCCACCCUUAUUCGCGCUCGGCUACCACCACAGCCGCUGGGCCGAGCAGACGGAGGCCGACACGCGGGAGGUUGACGGCGGCUUCAGGAGGAGCCGCAUCGCGUGCGACGUCCUGUGGCUCGACAUUGAGCACACGGACGGCAAGCGGUACUUCACGUGGGAUGCCGACCGCUUCCCCGACCCCGUCGGCCUCCAGAACGACCUCGCGGCGAAAGGUCGCAAGGUGGUGACUAUUGUGGACCCGCACAUUAAGGUGGACGAUGAGUACUUCGUUUAUUCGGAGGGCAAAGCCAGGGGAUAUUUUAUCCGAAACCCCGACGGGAGUAAUUACGAGGGUCGCUGCUGGCCCGGCCUCUCCUCAUAUCUGGACCUGACCAACCCAGACGUGCGUGAUUGGUACGCGAGCAAGUUUGAUUACUGCAACUACAAGAACUCGACGGCGGCGCUGUUCACGUGGAACGACAUGAACGAGCCGGCCGUGUUCCACUCCAUCGAGAAGACGGUGCCCAGGAACUGUCUACACUGGGGUGGCUGGGAGCACCGAGACAACCACAACCUGUACGGCUUCUACCAGCAAAUGGCGUCGGCGGCCGGGCUCGUGAGGAGGUCGGGAGGCCUGGAGCGGCCCUUCGUGCUCACCCGCUCGUUCUUCGCAGGAUCGCAGCGCUACGGUGCGGUGUGGACAGGGGACAGCCUGGCAACGUGGGAUUACCUUCGCAUGUCCACACCGAUGCUGCUGAGCCUCAGCGUGUGUGGGAUCUCGCUGUGUGGAGCGGACGUGGGCGGCUUCUUCGAAGAGCCUCAGUCGCAAGCGAUGGUGCUGCGCUGGUUCCAGGCCGGCUCGCUGCAGCCGUUCUUCCGCGUCCACUCGGCCAAGGUUCGGCGCGAGCCUUGGCUCAUGGGCGCCAGCGGGGAGAAGCUGAUCCGGCGGGCGGUGGCGCUGCGCUACGCGCUGCUGCCGUACUGGUACACCCAGUUCUACCGCGCGCACCGCACCGGCCAGCCCGUCAUGCGUCCUCUCUGGGUUGAAUUUCCGUCGGAUGAGGAGACGUUUGUUCUGGAGGAUCAGUACAUGAUCGGCAAUGCCCUGUUGGCCCGGCCGGUGACUGAGGACAACGUGAAUACGGUGCAAGUUUACCUCCCUGGGAGAAACGAGGCAUGGUACGACGUCCACAGCCGCAAGCGCUACCCAGCUCCGGGCAAGUUCGCGCAGCGUGUCAACAUGUCCUCGAUCCCUCUGUACCAGCGAGCUGGAACCAUCAUCCCCCAAAAGCUGAACCUGCGGGACUCCACCGAGCUCAUGAAGGAGGAUCCCUACACCCUGCUUGUCGCUGUGGACCCAGGGGGCUGUGCUGAAGGAGAGCUGUUCAUAGACGACGGGCAUUCGUUCCUCUACAAAACCCAACAGCGGUUCCUGCACCGUGGCUUCAGCUACAGCGACAGCACGCUCACUUGCAAGUCUCUGGACUCUGCGGGAUCCAUGGAGUGUCGCGUGCAGGUGGAGAAGGUUGUGAUCGUGGGUGUGCGUCGUCCCACGCGCGUCCUGUGCUCGCUGCCAGGUGGCAAAAGGAAGGCACUCCAUUUUGGGUACAAUGCCAGCUCGUCGGUGCUGGUUGUCAAGAAUGCGGGCGUUCCCAUCGCCUCCGACUGGAGCAUUUCCCUCACCGUAAAACAGGGCCACAAGUCCUCCUGAGCCUGACCAACCAGCCUUGACCAUUUCGAUACAAUCCUGCUGCGAGCCAAACUCAGUUGCAUAUCAAUACACACACACACACACACUCCUUCCUUUAGCUCAUCAUCUCUCACAGCAGCCGAGUUGCCAAAUAUACAUUUUAUGGGUCAGGGUGACAGUGCAGCUUCGAAGGCGGAAACCAGUGAUUGGUCGUGGGUUCGGCAAAUUCGAUACAGCCACAGGUGUGGCUCAAAUAGAUUAUUGUGUUCUCCCCUCAGCUGCGUACCCAAGGGGGCAGGCCCCUGCCGCCAACUCCCUCCAUCCCAUCCCAAUCCCACACCCACCUCUUCAGCUGAGAGUGCCGCGCACUCCGUGUUAUUGCGUCGUGGCCAGGGAAGGAUUAUUGAGGUGGGCCCCUCUGGUGUCUCUGGCAGUGUUUGUAUCGGUGACGCCAUCAAAAGGGUGCAGUUGAGCGUUACACCCAGGACUCUAUUCCUGUAUUGUCUGCGCCAAUUGUUCGAUCACUUUUUUUCUGAGGGUCGACGGCAAAGAGCGAACGUGGAUGUUAGUCAGUGGUGGCGGGUUUUAACGACACAUUUAUAUAUUUACGCGAUCUAACCCCCCAAAAAAACCUCUAUUAUAAAGGUGGUUGGUUUGCAAACCUGCAGGAUGAAUCCUUCUAACUGUAUUCAGAGUGUACCUCCCUGUUCAUUGCUCAAGAACUCUUGUGUGGAGUGUGGUAUUGUGAUGUGGAAAGGGCGAGUAGGAUUGGAUAGGCUAGUUGGAGCAUGUUUACAGUUGUGCAAUGCAAUUUAAUACUACAAUAUGGGUACCCCCCCCCCCCCUCUAUAUAUA